AUGUCAAUCAGGAGAUUCCGGGGCAAGGAAAUAAUUAAGGUAAUGCAAGAAAAAGCAAUAUUCAAAGACAUUCGUUCCAUUAAAAGUAAUUACGUUGCGAAAGUAAAAGGAAACAGAAGCAAAAUUUAUUCCGCGGUUAGCGUAACUGGAAAUAAUGAAAGAGUGAAAAUUAUUUUAAACCCACAUAACGAAGACUGUUUCACUUCUGGAACGUAA